AUGGACGGCUCGUUCAUUCCACCGCCGUUCCCGUUCCCAGAGGCCUGGCCGCGGAUCUUUUCCGAGCAGCAGCAGAGGCAGGAGAGGCGAUGGCUCACGCCAAUGACGUUUGCGCCAGUGCAAUGGCUGGCGCCGUCCUCAGCGAAAUACUUUAAUGAGAUGGCUCCGUCGGUCGCUGCUGCCGCUGCGACGAAUGACGCACAUUUUGAAGAUGAUGAAGACGAAGUUGAUGGAGAAUACGAGUACGGAUACGUUCUGAGCGAUGAGUGGCGAGAACAUUUCCAGUCGUCGGUUCAAGCGCAGCAACUCCAGCUGCACACGCAGAAACGCAGCGCCAAGGGCAAGAAGAGGAAGCCACCGCAGAAGAAUAAAAACAAGCAGCAGCAGGCAUUCAAAGCCGAGUCGGCUGCUGCGGCCAGUGCAAGUAGGUCAGGCCAUUUGCAGCGCGAAAUUGAGAGUGCGAAAACCCGCGAGCUAGCACGGAAAUGGAAGCGAAGAGGCGGUAUUGCCCUGCAAAACCCGCAGGUUGCAGCACUAGAAACGUCGUUGAACGCGCUCUUCGAUGAGUUCUGCGAUGCGUUCCAGCCAGUGGUGUGGCCGCACGAUCCUCUGCAGAGAUAA